GUCGUCGGCCCUCCGACGGAGUAGGUGGCGGAAUAGACUCACACGUGUCUCAACAAGCGACCUUUUAAACGAAUAAGAAAACGGAGGCGGCGCACUUUAAUGACGUAACGGGCAAAGAACAACAACCGCAACAGCGAUGCUGUCCAAAACAAUACGGCACCUUGUUCAAAAUACUGACAUUACAGUAUUUUGAAACAUUCGACAGUAGAAAUGAUCUUACAUAAAAGAGUUAAAGUUGUGUAUUAGAUCGUCCUGCAAGGAAAAACCACUCUCCGAAAAUCCGGUAAGGUAUUUACAGUUAGAUGGAAAGCACUCUUGAACAGUCGGGAAGAACGUAAUCUCUCGCCUCAAACACUGUGCGUUAUACCUAAAUAUGCGGGAGGUACUCCAACCUGAGGUAUUUAGCUAAACCAUGACAUUUCCAGAUGUGAUCAAGUGUCCCAACUUUACAGAUCAUGCCUCAACGGAAGAGAACGGUCACUCUCAUGAGUGGGAAGAGGAAGGCAAAAUUCGAGGAGGACCUGUUUCCUUUCAACUCACUGCCAGUGGAUUGCCAGCUUCAUGUGCUGUCCUUCCUGAGCGAGGUGGACAAGUGCAGUGCAGCACUGGUGUGCUCCAGCUGGAGCUGCCUCGUACGCUCGGGGAAGCUCUGGAGGGUGGCAGACUUCUCCCGUCGCGGGGCUUUCCACAUGGGCCAGGAGGGCCUUUUGGUGUCCAACCGAGAGUUUGAGAGAUGGAAGGCUUGGGUCCACAACUACACCCAUCACCUCAUAUCCAGAGGGGCGAGUCUUCUAACCCUCAGGGCCAGCUUUGACUUAGGAGACCAGUACAACAAGUGGGGGGAUCUUCUGUCCCAUCUUUUAGAAAGUGUCCAUUGUAGAGACCUGACUCACCUGGACUUAAAUUGGACCUUCACUCUGUUGGAGCCCCUGGACCUCCGGCUGCACUCCAGCUCCAGCUCCAGCUCCCACCAGGACAGCAUCACCAAAAUGGACCAGGUGAGCAAUUUUCAGGUGCUGCUUUCUAAGCUCACCAGCAGCUGCCCACGCAUAUCCAAGAUGAGGGUGCAUUUCGACUGGUCAGAAACCUCAGUCUCGCUGCUGACUCAAUUUCAGUACCUCAGAGUUCUGGAGCUCAAGUACUUCUGGGUCUUCAAAGGGGUCAACCCUGGCACCUUGCAGAACCUGACUAAAUCCCUGCCCAAUCUCAAGUCGCUGACGCUUCAUGUCUUGGUGCCCCUCAGGAAUCUUGGGAUCUCCUACACACUGGAGUCCUUGUCCUUAGAAUUCCUCGAUGUAUCUCAGAGCCGCGGUUUGGUCUUUUCUUGUCUUAACCUGCCUGCUCUUCGAGAGCUGCGAGCCAAGAAGGUGGUCCGAGGCUUCACUCUGGAUCGUCGGACCAGGCUGCGGAUCCAGAGCAGGUGGCCGUGCCUUUAUCAGGUUCUGCGAGAGGGAACCCCCAAACUACAGGCUCUCAACAAUGAGCGCCUUCUCCCAAACUGGAAGGAGCAGAGCUACAGUGAAUUGACCUCCAUCCUUCAGCAGUCCUGCUAUUGCCUUCAACACUUAGACAGCUGGCUUUGGUAAAGUAAACAUUUGAGUCACUGGCUACAUAUGGGACUCUGUGAGAUGAUCAUGAAAGCUACAGAAUUAACAUGGUUUCAUGUCAGGUGUCUUAAAAAGAUCUUUAGCUUUGUUUUACUUAUUUUAAUAAUUGUUUUAUUGUAUGAAAACAGCCUGGAUGGUAACAAAUUUAACCUAAAAAGCUUUUUAGGUAGGUCAGUUGUGCACUUAAAUUUGUCAAAAACAUUCCUACUCUGUUAAACGUUUUCAUUAUACAGAUUAAACAUUUUUUAAAAAUG